GAUGCCUGAAUCGUUGAAGACUUGGAAGUUAUGAAUAUUAUUACCUGUAAUGUGAUAGAAUGGGAAAGCGCACUUGGAUCUGCCUUCGAUGUAGUUUGCGCACAUUGUGAAUUCGCUAAUCCGCAUAUUGUCAUAUUGAUUGGUUACGAUUGCAGCAUAUUAUUGUUAUUGUUGUUCGCGCGGCAUAAUCAGAUACUUCACCGGUUUCUUUCUCUCUCGUUGAUUGAAAAUCAGUUGGCUGUGAAGUUCGGCAUAUUGAAAGACCGACGCAGAUAGAGUGGGAGAAUGGGAACGAGAACCAAUUUCUACAAGAACCCAUCUAUCUCCUACAAAAAACACUUUAGUCUUUCCUCUGUUCUUCAGAACCUCAGAGCUUACAACAUCGCUACUGGCAAUGUUCCCUCCGAAUCAGAGGAGGAAAAGCCCACCCAGAAACGUCGCCGGAAGCAGAGCCCACCGCAAACCCUUGAAGCUGGCACUGAAGAGAAUGACAUCUCUAUGUCACAUCACGAUUACAUUGAAAAAAGAAGGAAAGAAGUCAGUUCGUCUCAGCCUUACGAAAAAUUGACUGAAGAUGUUCUGGGUAACCCUAAUUCGGUCAUAAGCUUGGUGGAUUAUACUAGUGAUGAAAGCCUUCCUUCAGAAUGUGACAAAAAGCAGGAUCUUCCAACUUCUGGCAACUCGAAAGAAUUUGACGGAGUCAAAAGCAGAAAUGAACAACGAUUUCCUCUUCCUGGAGAACCAGUUUGCCUCAUAUGUGGUAGAUAUGGAGAAUACAUAUGCAAUGAGACAGAUGAUGACAUUUGUAGUAUGGAGUGCAAAAAGGAACUCUUGGAAAUUCUUCAACUCAAUGAGGGCUCCUCUCAUGACCAAGUUCAAGAUUUCUCUUCAUCCAGACUUGAUUAUGGUUUAGUAGUGCCUGUCUUUGGUGAGAGUACAUGGGAUUAUAACCGGCAUCACUGGUCAAAAACAAGAUCAAGCCUUUGUACUUAUGAAUGUUGGAAAUGUUGUAAACCUGGACACCUGGCUGAAGACUGUAUAGUGGAUGCUAGCAACAAGGCCAUUGUAGCAGAUAAGAAAUCGAAUUCCAUUCCUAAGGAUCUUCUCGGACUGUAUAGAAGAUGCCACCAAAUUCGUAAAACAAUGCUGGCAGCAAGUUGUAAUGCAUGUCGUGUCUCGUCAAAUUUGGCAACAUGCCUUGAUUGUAAUACUGUUUUCUGUGAUGGUGCAGGACACUUGGAUGAGCAUAUACGAACACACCCAUCUCAUCAGCAAUUUUAUUCACACAAGCUUAAACGUCUAGUAAAAUGUUGCAAGUCAACUUGCAAGGUGACUUGCAUCAAGGAUCUGUUGGUUUGCCAUUACUGCUUCAGUAAAGCCUUUGAAAAAUUCUACGACAUCUAUACUGCAACUUGGAAAGGAGCUGGUUUUGCAAUUAUUUCAGGUUCUAUAUGCUGUGAGGAUCACUUCGCCUGGCACAGGAUGAAUUGUUUGAAUGCAGACGUGGAAGAGACUGCAUAUAUCAUCCGGAAGAGUGGACAUAAGAGCAAAUAUACUCGACUCAGUGACUUCAUUUUUUGAUGAUUGAUACACUUUUUCCUAAAUUAUGAUUUGAAGUUUCUCAUCAGAUGUACACAAUAUCAGAGCAAUGGAUCGUACAUUUUGCUAGAAUCUUUUAAAUCUUUGAGAGGAGGGUAAAAAUAUCAUGUAGUUGAAAAAAGUUGCAUGUUUGUAUAUAGGUGUUGAACUAAUGCGGUUGGGUUCUUCCCCAUUUAAUUGAGGGGUCUAGCA